AUGACAGAAAAAACUGAUAACAAAAUUGAAAAUGUUGUAGAUGAGAAGAGUGAAACUAAAACAAUAAAAGAGGAAAGUUCUAUUAAAUCAGAGAAAGAUAAUACUCAAUCUAAAUCAUCUGUAUGUCCAUUCUUAACUAAAAAAGAUUCUAACAAAUCAGUUAAAGAAGACAUUAAGAAUGAUCCAUUAAAGAAUUAUGAAAAAGAUUCUAUUUUUUCAUGUAAUUGUAAUUUGUUUUUCUUAAAGGAUAAGUUAUUUGAGAAAAGAGGAACAGGAAAAUUCUUUUUUCUUAAGAAUUCUAAUGAAAUGUAUACUAAUUUGAUGAUAAGAGACGGUCUAAUGUUGAACGGUGCACAUCAUAUUAUAUCGCCAUCAGAAAAGUGUAAUUUGAUUAAGAGUAAUGUUUAUGAUCAUUCAUAUAUUUGGGUAGCUGUUGAUGAUAAAGCUUAUGUUGAAGAGAAAUUUAAAACUAAAUUAACCGUCUUUUUGAUAAAGCUUGAUAACGAGGAAGACUUUAAUGAAUUUAAGAGAGUUUAUGAAGAAGGACAGAGUGAGAAUAAGAAGAAACUUGAGAGUCUUAAAUCAAAUAAAUAA